AUGGCCACCCCAUUGCCUGACCUUGUCCCGGAGGACUACGACGAUAUGGACAUCGCAGACCACAUAUUUGAACUACUGUUUGGCGAAGAUGACCAGCUUCCGCUUCCCGAGCCCCUCCAAAAAGUUGUGGAGUAUCAAUACGACCCCAACGCAAACCACCCUCCCCGAGUUCCCGACGCCCCCAUUCCAAGCGAUUGGAGGAUUAUCGACUUGACCCCGUUGAACCUCCCACCUCUGACGAUGAGGAGAGGAACACCACCCCUACAAAACCCCGCCGUUCCAACCUUUCCCCAGCGGUCCGCGAGCGCAUUAUCGGCAUGCAUCUUGCGUUUCAAAGACACUGGCUCUGCGCAACCGAAUGCACCCACUGGCCGCCCUCGUAAAUACAAUGAAGACCAUGUACGACGGGUCCACCAGGCCGUCAGAAAGAACAACCGUGAAAACCUCGACACUAUCCAACGCAUCAUUGAAGAUGAUGACGGUAUCCGCUACCCAGUCCGAUCAUUGCAACGCCUGAUCCAGCGGGCUGAGCUCUUCAAGUUCAAAGCAGCUCGGAAACCACUCCUCGACGCUCGGAAGACAGGCCUUCGCUUGGCCUGGACGCAGGAAAGGUUGCACUGGGAUGACGACAUGUGGAAGAACGUCAUUUUCUCGGAUGAAUCUUCAUUCUCCCUGUACUCUUCAACCCGCGUCGUGAUUUGGCGUGAACGUGGCGAUGAUGCAAAGUACCGGGCGGAGAACCUAGUUCCAAAGGUGCAGAAGAACGGUGGAAGCCUGGCAAUUUACGCCUUACGGACUCUCCUUGUUGCUCCCACAAUUCGAAAAUCACCUAUAUUUGACUAGCGACUUGCGGGAGGGGAAAUGCUGGCAGUUCGUGGAUCUUCCUUUCGAACUCCCACUGGGAUUGGCGGUAGUUUUAGACGGCGACAUACCUUUG